CAUAUUCAUGUGAAAGCCCUCAGCCACAUUGCAGCCUAUUCUACAGAUCAGAGUCUUCUCCUACGAAGAGUACAAAUACCUCGCCGUGCCCAUUAUCUGGUAUCUCUCGUAUUUACCGUUCGUUACCUUACCUGAUUUACCGAAACGACCUCCACCCCAAUCUUUUCGGUCUCCUUCACCCCUCCCUCGCUCGCCAGGGGCUGGUCUAAGCGUCAAAAGAGGAUCAAGUCCAGGCCCACACACAUCAAAGAAAAAGUCGGGUACAUCCCUGCUCCUCACAGCGUGGGCGUUGAAAAGGACCCAAGCCAUCCGCUGUGAGGCAUCCACUUCCACCACCACCAUCAGCAGGACGUUCCUUGACCGACCUCGUCCUUUUUAAUUGCCCUCUUGCCCCUGAUCUCCCAACCUGAGAGAUCUAACCCAAAAACCAUUCUCAACUUCAACAGAGAGGCCACUCUCAUGGUUCAUGGGCUCGUCGAUUGGUCUAUUUCGCCAGCAGGUUCCAGCUGGUCCCAGGCCUUUCUCCCACCUCCCAGUCACCACUACGAGUAGCCAGCAUUAGUCACAAGCCUCCCAGCCGCCAUCAAACGCGCGGUCGUCCAGGGCUAACAGAGGGCAAUCCUGCUUCGAUCAGUCUCCGUCGCGCCGUCCAUCGACUCACGCCGGCAGCCUUGUCCCGCGACCCCUAGCAAGAAAUCCACUCUUGGCUGGUCCUCCCCUCCGGAAAGACAUAUCUCACGAACUUUUUUCCCAGCCCUCUGGAUUCUUCCUCUUUUCCCCUCUUCACUGCACAGUUUUGCACGUCAUCGCGCACCCGCGGAGACGACCAUUGAAUUUAUCAACACCACCCAGUAAAAUUGAGUCGCAAGGCUCAAUUCCAGCACCACGCCCAACCACCGGCACAGGCCCUUCACGCUAUGAUAUUCAGCCAGUCCAACAUCUUCCGAACCUACCUUACUUCUCGAGGCCUCGCCGAACCAUACCAGACAGACAUAGAUCCUGAUCGGGGGGAAGACUGUUGCGGACAGGGGCAGGAGUGAGGAGUGACGCCCACCAGAAGAUUUUUUUACGGUAGUCAAGAUGAGUUACCACUACGGCGUGCCGCCGCCGCAUUACACCAAAUAUCAUGGAACGUCCUCGCCUUAUCAUAACACGGAAUAUGUACACUACGCGCCACAAUACGACACGACGCCGAAAAGACAUGCUCGAAAGGCGAGCUACAACCCUUCGCCAAGGGUCGGGGGAUGGUUCUCGCCCGCCGGCUCACCACCUCCACCCUAUGAACACGGCGUCCAGUACGCAUCACCGCGGGAUGAUAUCUAUGUGAGUGAGGUAAAGGACAAAGUCCGCAAGCCCGAGGGCUACUACAAUACAUUUCCUACCUCAAGAUAUCAUACCCGCUCCACUUCGCGCAAGCAGAAUCAGCCCGUCUACAUCUACGACGAUGAAGCUGAAGACGCAGGAAUGCAGCCUACAUACAUCUAUCGAGAACCACCAAGACCGAAAACAAAGCAUGCAAGGAAGCCAAGCACUGAUACAUACUUUUACUAUGCGCAGGAACAGAUUGUAGAUGAGCAGCCGAAACGGUCGAGGACGCGACGAGCUUCGACCGCCAGCAAGCCCUCGCCUCGAUCCAAGAUCAGGUCGCAACCCAAAACAACUCCACAGGCAACCGAGGAGGACGCCAUCCGUGCUGGUAUUCCCGCUGGAUAUUCCAUCAAGCACUGGGACCCGACCGAGCUGCCCAUUAUUCUCCUGGGCAGUGUGUUCGAUGCGAAUUCUUUGGGCAAGUGGAUCUACGACUGGACCGUCUUCCACCAUGGCGCCUCAACGCCAAUGGCCGAUAUGGCUGGAGAGCUGUGGCUGCUUCUCAUUAAACUUGCAGGCAAGAUGAAGCGAGCGGAAGAAUGCGUGGAUCGCAUCCGCAAUCUCGACAAGCGCGAAACGGUCGAAGACUUCAUCGUCAGUGGCCACCGGAUGUGGGACAAGUUCAAAGGCCUUCUCAAGGACUGUGAACACUUCAUGCUCAAGGCUGCCAAGCGUGACGGCACAAAGACCAUGGGCAAGAAAGCUGGCACCGAGUUCGUCGAUUCCAUCUUCGGACGCGAUCGCUACCUCGAGUCGACGGAGAAUAUCAUGAACCAAGUUCGACUUUGGAACAUGCGAUUCGACGUCAACUGCGAGGAUACGCUGCGUCGUCCUUCCGCUGCCUAGAUUUCGUCUAGGUCCAGGCCGACAUCUCGUCGUGCCUGACUUCCACCGGUCAGGUGGCAAUUUUCUUGACAUAUCUCGAUGAUGUGGCGAAAUGGUUGGAGGUAUACGUAUACGACUUCGCCACACGCCACACUACACCAACACAAUCACAGAUCGACAUCAACAUAAACAUCCCGGUUCGCUUUGCGUACCAUUGGCGCAUGCAAUAAGCCGGCAGGCUGCAAUUGUAUCAACACAUCAACAAGCUUGUUUUUCCUGUCUUCCGAGCAUGGAUUCAUGGUUCGUGAGUCAUAGGAGAGGAGCUAGGGUCACAGGCUCUCUCUUGCUGUUCACGUCGUUCGUUUUAUUUUCGCUUUUCGUUUUGAGGGUACAAAAAAAGGGGAGCAUGGCAAGGCAACAUAUUGGUAAUACAAAAAACAACAUUUCCAGUUUCGGAGGACAUUGAGCAACAGGGAGCUGAAAACAAAAAGUUUCUCAUGAAGCCAUGAAAGGACGAAACAUCAUGACAGAUGAAAGGAGGAAUGACUCUUGUACUUGUACGGAAUCAUGGCGACGGUCGUCUGCGUCUUGUUUUGUUGUUGUGUUUUGCUUUCUGGUGGGAUAAGGUCUUUUCGGCGUUCAUUUUGAUCAUUGGACUUUGUCAUUUCUUUUUUUUCGCACGAUACCCCCCUUUUUUCGAGUUUGGGACAGCUUAUUGGGGUGUUUCUCCUUGAAUCUUGUCGGCUGUGUACCACCUUUUGGAAAUUUGGGAGUUCCUAUGCAUGUUUUUUUGGUUUUGGCUUUUAACUGCGUAAAGAGGCAGAAUUUGUCCGCGAGGACUUUUUAGGUGUUUGGGAAAUUUGAAAGUUGAAGUUUCGAUCUUUUUUGGAGCAAGCUAUCUAUCUAUUUCUCUUAUAUGGAUGUCCCAGACUUCCCUUGAUACAGAGUCAUUGUUCCAAUCGGGAUUGAUCAAUAUCGAGAUAGUUGGUGAUUCGGAGGAGUUUUGUUUUUGGAGUUUGUAAUAAACAUAUAAUUUUCGUUGUUUUCCUUG